AUGGAACAAUCGAUCAGACCAACGAGUUAUAGAUGCAAUGUUUAUGGCUAUAAGCUGUCCAUGCUUUUGAGCUACCACUUGAAUUUUUCGAUACACUUUUUGAUCACCGAAACCUGGCAGUUCGAUUCUCUCGGAACCAACUCUACCAAAGGCAUUUUCGGUCAGCUUCAGCAGAAUUUGGUGGAUUUCUCGGUCACCCCUGUUGGGUAUGCUUCCGAGCGUAUUUACUUCUAUCAACCUGUGCUGGAAGUUAUCGGAGGUCGGUUCCAUACAGUUUUCCGGCAUCCGAAAAAUCAUAACAACAGAGAUGUAUUUCUCAGACCUUUCGAACCAGGCCUUUGGGUGGCAAUGGUGGGAUUUGUCGUAGCGGCAGUUGUUGUUCUUCGAAUUUCUUCGACAGUUCGACUACACGAUGAACACAACUACAUCAACUACCAUCACCUGCUUCUGGCGUAUGGAUAUCUUUGUCAGCAGAGUUAUGCCGGAAUAAUCCUAAACCAUUCCUCCAGAGUUGUGAUGAUAACGAUUUUAGUGUUUGCCGUGUUUAUGUUCCAGUUCUAUUCAACGUUCAUUGUUGGUUACCUACUGAUUCCUCCUACUAAAACCAUUAAAACAAUAGAGCAAUUGCUGCAGAGCGAUCUAGAGUAUGUGAUUGAGGAGAAAAGCUAUAAUCACUUCUAUUUCAAGAUAUCAAAAGAUCGUUUUGUUCAAGAAGUGUACGACAAGAAGGUAGUCCCCGGUCGAUAUGGCUUUGUGAACAUGUCUACGGGGAUUGCAUUGGUGAAACGUGGUGGAUUUGCUUUUCAGUGUGAUACUACCUAUGGAUACACUUGGAUUAGAGACACCUUCACCGACGAGGAAAUCUGCGAACUUCAAGAGAUUAAUCUGUUCCCGUUGCGUCCGAUGAACUUUGUGGUGCCGAAGUGCAGUCCACUGCAGGGGCUGUUUAAGGUGUCGUUGCAGCGUUUCAUGGAAACGGGACUGGCACAGUAUCACGUGGAAAAAACUGCCGCAUCGAGACCGCUCUGCACGAUGAAAAAUUUUUCCGCAGCUCAAGUGGAAUUGCGGGACAUUGCGAGCGUUUUCUGGAUUCUGUUUUUGGGGAUUGUGGUUAGUGCGAGUAUUUUAGCUAUUGAAAUGAGUUUCUCUGCCGUUAGACAACGGUUGAUGCUUAAAAAAUUCAUGGAAAGACGUCAGGAAUGGGUUUACUAA